UCAAUGUCGUCACGCGAAAAUGAAGAAGAGGAAGAAGAAGACGAAGAAGAAGAAGAAGAAACUGACAAUGACCUUUACGACUACGAGGACGACGAAGACGCCGGUGAUAUCAUCGAUGAGGCGAACGAAGAUGUUACCAAUGAUACCGGCGACGAGGAAAUCGAUGAUAUGGUUGACGAAAUUCCGGAGACACAGAAUGUAACGCAGGAAGUCGGAGAAGAGGAGGGCGACAAUUACGUCGAAAGUAAUAAUAGAAUGUAA